AUGUCGUGGCAAGCACCUGAAAUUGGUUCGCGACCCAUCGCAGUACUCGGGGGUGGUGUACUAGGUCGCCGUAUCGCAUGCUCAAUCGUGGCAGGAGGGUACAAUGUAACGAUUCGGGAUCCGUCCGCCGGAGCAAGGAAAGACGCCCUAGAGUACGUCGAAUUCCACAAGGAAGAAUAUGCGACUUUCGCUAAGCCUUCAACACCUGGGCAUUUUGGCAGCUAUGCCGCUUACGAAGAUAUCGAGUCUGCUGUCCGGGAUGCAUGGCUGGUCAUCGAGGCCGUACCGGAGAAGCUUGAGAUAAAAAUCGACACAUUCGAGCUUUUGGACAAGCUCACACCAAAGGACUGCAUUCUUGGAUCAAACAGCUCCUCCUUCAGGAGCCGUUUGAUGCUGGACAAAGUCAGCCAAGAAAGGAGAAAGCUCGUCUGCAAUGUCCAUUACACCAUGCCGCCCGAGGUUCGCACAGUGGAGCUCAUGACGGAUGGAGAGACGGAGGAAGCGGUCUUUCCAUUUUUGACCACGGUGCUUGAAAGGUGUGGAAUGUUGCCCGCAACAGCUAGAAAGGAGUCAACAGGAUUCAUUUUCAACCGUCUCUGGGCCGCUGUGAAGCGCGAGACUCUGACAAUACUUGCCGAGGGUGUCAGUGAUCCCGAACAAAUAGACAAGCUCUGGAAGCACAUGUUUCAGACCGAGGUCGCCCCGUGCGGAUUUAUGGACAAAAUCGGACUUGACACCGUCGCAUUCAUCGAGGAUAACUACAUUCAGGAGCGCAAACUUGAUGGUGCAUUGACUGUGGACUGGCUCAGGGAAAACUACAUUUCCCAGGGCAAGCUCGGUAAGAAAAGCGACAAGGGCGGGCUUCUCGCUCCUUCAGCAUGA